UUGCCCAAGUGUGUGUCACUAUGCCGGAGUUCAGGCCUGGCUUGCCUGUGGAGUGUAUUUUCCCUGCCAAACAGAGACGGUGACUUCCAGGAGGCAGAAGGCCCAGUAAGGACUGACAUGGCCUCGGCUCCUUCUGUGACCAGCCUGGCUGAUGAGGUCAACUGCCCCAUCUGCCAAGGCACCCUGAGGGAGCCGGUCACCAUUGACUGUGGCCACAACUUCUGCCGUGGCUGCCUCAAUCGCUACUGCGAGAUCCCAGGCCCAGAACUGGAGGAAUCCCUCAGCUGCCCGCUCUGCAAAGAGCCCUUCCGCCCCGGGAGCUUCCGGCCCAACUGGCAGCUGGCCAACGUGGUGGAGAACAUCCAGCACCUUCAGCUGGCGUCCGCGCGAGGCCCUGAGGUGGAGGACGCGUGUCCCGAGCACGGGGAGAAAGUCUACUUCUUCUGUGAGGAGGAUGAGGCACAGCUGUGUGUGGUGUGCCGCGAGGGCGGACAGCACAGGGCUCACAUGGUGCGCUUCCUGGAAGACGCGGCGGGUCCCUACAGGGAACAAAUACAGAAGUGUCUCAUGUGUCUAAGGAGAGAGAGAGAGGAGAUUGAAGAAAUCCAAUCAAGAGAAAACAAAAGAAUACAGGUGCUCCUGACUCAGGUGGCCACCAAGAGACAGCAGGUGAUUUCUCAGUUUGCACACCUGAGCCAGUUCCUAGAGGAGCAACAGAGUGUCCUCUUAGCACAGCUGGAGAGGUUGGACCGGGAGAUCCUGAGGCAACAGGAAGAGUUUGAUUCCCUGGCUACGGGGGAGAUCUGCCGCUUCAGCACUCUGAUGGAGGAGCUGGAGGAGAAGAGCAGCCGACCAGCGAGGGGGCUCCUGACGGAUAUCAGAAGCACCCUAAUAAGAUGUGAAACCAGAAAGUGCCGGAAACCCGAGGCUAUAUCCCCAGAGCUGGGCCAAAGGAUCCGGGACUUCCCGCAACAGGCCAUCCCUCUGCAGCAGGAGCUGAAGACAUUUCUGGAAAAGCUGUGCUUUGAGUUGGACUAUGAGCCAGCUCAUAUCUCUCUAGACCUCCAGACUUCCCACCCCAAGCUCCUCCUCUCUGAAGACCACCGGAGGGCUCGGUUCUCCUACAAAUGGCAGAACUCGCCAGACACUCCGCAACGUUUUGACCGAGCCACUUGUGUCCUGGCCCAACAAGGCUUUACAGGGGGGAGGCACACCUGGGUGGUGAAUGUAGACUUGGCCCACGGAGGCAGCUGCACUGUGGGUGUGGUGAGAGAAGACGUGCGGCGGAAGGGAGAACUGCGGCUGAGGCCAGAGGAAGGAAUAUGGGCAGUGAGGCUGGCGUGGGGCUUCGUCUCAGCUCUGGGAUCCUUUCCCACGAGGCUGGCCCUUCAGGAGCAACCCCGGAAGGUGCGGGUGUCUCUCGACUACGAGGUCGGCUGGGUAACCUUCGUCAAUGCCGUCACCCAGGAACAUAUCUAUACCUUCACCGCUGCUUUCACUCAGAAGAUCUUUCCCUUGUUUGGACUCUGGGGCAGAGGGUCCAGUUUUUCCCUGAGCUGUCAGGGAAGUGCAGCCUCCAUCCUUGGAGUACAAGACUAGAAUCUGGCGCCGCGGGGAGCUGACUCUUGGCUGGGGCACCAGGCACAAAGGUGACAACUGGGAUGGCACGCAUCACUGAGGAACA